AUCCGAGACGGAUAGAUGAAGUUCCGCACCAGAAAGUGCAACGAAUCGUCAUUUCCCUACUGCAAUGACUUUUUGUCGUCUGCUGUUAACCAAACUCGGACAAUACGUUUGGUGAAAAUGUCACGAUAUUUUACGAAAUUGAGGAGUUCUAUCCCCCUAAUUAUUCAGACUAGGCAACUGAAUGGUCACCGAGCGUCUAUCGCAAGCAUUGGACGUGCAAUCUAUGUCAGAACGUACCCCACAAUGCUUGUACAACCAGAUGGUUCAACAAUAACCAUCAGAUACAAAGAGCCACGUGGGAUUAUCAAGCUACCUGUAGAUUUGAGUAGCUUGAGUGAAGCUGAACGGCAAAGGCGACUGAUGCUGAGGAAACCAAAGAAGAAAGUCAAAAUUGAGGAAGAUAUUGAAGACACUUUUGAUGAAAAUUCAUAUUCACACUUGUGGAAAAAGUGAGAUGACAAGUAAAAUGCAAAGUAGGAAAAAUAAAUGAAAUUUAACAUA